AUGGAUCGUCUCGGUGAAGAGAGAGCCCUCGCCUUGAACCACGGCUGGAAGCACACCUACGAGCCUCACAGCUGCCACCACUGCGACUGGAUUGUCCUGGAUGAAGCUGAGCUCAAAGCAGGUGAGGGCCUCAGGGGACACCAGCUCUCCAGCCUCAGCAAUGUCUACCUUGCCGACAGCAUCUCCGAUGCGUUACUAGCGCGAGAUGAAGGGUGCCCGUUGUUUGGAUAUCUUCUUGGUGAGUUGCUGGACUCAGGUUUCUCGCCCGACAUAUUGGACCUUGAUGGCUCCAAGAUAGUAUACGGAUCGCUCACCGACAGAGGGCUUAAGUUGUCCCACAAGCUGGCUGACAAUGGUGGUUUUCCCCUGGCCAACAUCUUGAAGGUGAUCCUCCCCUCGGGAAAACCAAGUGAAUCACUGGAUUGCGACCCAGGCUCUCCGGAAGCUUUCCAGCUCUCACGCGACUGGAUCUCAACGUGCCUCUCUUCCCACCCGCACUGCCGCUUACCACCAUCAUCCUCCGACUCAGACGCAUUCACACCCACUCGGCUCCUCCAAGUCAGCGAACACGGCGUAAGACUCGUGGAGUCUUCUAGCGUGGGUGACGAAGCCCGAACAUGGUGUGCGCUAAGCUACGUCUGGGGCGGCGACCAGCCCGUCAAGACAACCCAGGCAACCCUAGCAGCUCACUACAACGGUAUCCCCUUCGACGAGCUUCCCCGAACCAUCCAAGACGCCGUGCGUGUGUGUCGUGGUCUGGCCAUCCCCUACCUGUGGAUCGACGCCCUCUGCAUCAUCCAGGGCGACGAACAGGACCUCAGGAGGGAACUCGGCAAGAUGCCCGAGAUCUACCAGCACGCUACCGUAACUAUCAGCGCAGCGUGGUCGACAAAGGCUGAUGACGGGUUCCUUUACCGUCGCGGACACUGGUAUCAUGAUUGCCCGCCGAUUAAGCUGCAGGUUCAUGUUGUUCGGCAGGGGUCUGACUCUGGAGAGGAGAAGGAGGGGGAGGAGGAGGAGGAGGGCAAGCGUGUGGAGGUGGCUUACGCCUACGAGACCCGGGUCUGGGAAAGCGACCCUAUCGAGUCGAGAGCGUGGACGUACCAGGAGUACGCCCUCUCCCAGCGAGUGUUACUCUACCGCAGCACGUUGCUGGAGUGGAGCUGCAGGACGAUUUCCGAUUCCUAUGGCAUGCUUGAGCCGUCCACUCUCACGAGUAAAGCUGAUCAGCAGUCGAAUCACAAUUCCAAUCCUGUCUUCGUGCUCUCCUCGUUCCAGUCAUGGUCCGACAUCGUCAUGGAAUACUCCUCCCGCUACCUCUCCUUCGGCUCCGACAAGCUGCGCGCCCUGUCCGCCAUCGCCCAAGUUUACCAUCGAGAAACGGGGAAGAAAUACCUGGCCGGAUUGUGGAAGGAGGACCUCCCGCUGGCGCUUUGCUGGUUUGCGGUGCCGCAGACGAGCAGUAGUACAAGUACAAAUGAAAACGACAACCUCGGCUCUGAAUCUCCCCCUAGAAUCGUCCAAAAGCGGCCAGCAGACUAUCGAGCCCCCUCCUGGUCUUGGGCGUCCAUCGACGACGCCGCGUUUAUGUACCCCGCCGCCGAUGAGAAGAACAGUCAGGUUCUCCGACCAGCGCCCAGCGUCAAGAUUUGGAAAGAGCCUGUGGUUACCCCGGCUUAUGCUGGCGGGGAGUUUGACUCUGUUGCUUCUGGGUAUCUUGACAUUGAAGGGGCAAUGAGAGAAGUAACUGCUUUUUCAUCGGCAGCGCGGCUUUGGUGGAGCAGCCCAUCAUCGCUAGGCUCUGUUUCCGGAUCGGGUGAGAUAAAGGUCCCGAUGGGAGGGCAAGGACAUGAAGUGGUGGUGACACUUGAUGCUGCUCCCGAAAAAGAAGAAGAGGGAGUCGAGAAAUAUGGGAGUGAUAAGACCGGCAUGUGGCUUCUUUUGUUGGCGGAACAAGUGGAAGAAGAAGAAGAAGAGGAGGAGGAGGAGGAGGAGGAUGAUGACGAGAGACAGCAUGAAGCCAACAAUGACACUACCACCUCGCCAGCGUAUGUUGGGCUUGUUCUGAAGGAAUUGGUCCAAGGACGGCCGGACACGCUUCGGCGCAUAGGCUUUUUCCAUUGCUGUGAUGUUUCAGAAAUGGGGCAUGCAGGUGAUGGGUGUCGGGAACUAUUGGAAGAGUUUGAGAUUAGAAGGGUAACUGUUGUUUGA